UCACACCAGCCUGGCUGGCUUUGGGAGCUGAACACUUUUCCCAGACACUUUCACGUGGGGCACAAAGAAGGCUUUGAAGCAGAGACUUGAAAUGCCUGUGAAGAUGGUCGCGAUCUACGGAGCCUCAACGGUACUUUGGAUACUGUUUGCAGUCUCUCAAGCUUUUAAAAUCGAGAUCUCCCCUGAAUACAAAACGCUCGCUCAGAUUGGAGACUCCAUGCUCCUGACUUGCAGCACCACAGACUGUGAGUCGCCAUCAUUUUCUUGGAGAACCCAGAUAGACAGUCCACUAAAUGGGAAGGUGAAGACAGAGGGGGCCAAGUCCGUUCUGACCAUGGACCCUGUCAGCUUUGAGAAUGAACACUCUUACCUGUGCACAGCAACAUGUAACUCUGGGAAACUGGAAAGAGGAAUCCAAGUGGACAUCUACUCAUUCCCUAAGGAUCCAGAGAUUCAAUUCAGUGGCCCCCUGGAGGUUGGGAAGCCGGUCAUGGUCAAGUGUUUGGCUCCUGAUGUUUACCCAAUUGACAGACUGGAGAUAGAACUGUUCAAGGGUGACCGUCUCAUGAAGACUCAGGAUUUUGUACAAGAGGUGGCAAAGAAGUCUCUGGAAACCAAGAGUUUGGAAGUCACCUUUACUCCUGUCAUUGAGGAUAUUGGAAAGUCUCUUGUUUGCCGAGCUAAAUUACACAUUGACCAAACUGAUUCUAUGCCCAAAGAAAGGGAGACUGUCGAAGAACUACAAAUCUACACCUCCCCCAAGAAUACAGAGAUCUCCGUACAUCCCUCCACAAGGCUACAUGAGGGUGCUGCUGUGACGAUGACAUGUUCCAGCGAGGGUCUACCAGCUCCUGAGAUUUUCUGGAGCAAGAAAUCAGAUAAUGGAGUUCUACAGCUCCUCUCAGGAAAUGCCACCCUCACCUUAAUUGCUAUGAGGAUAGAAGAUUCUGGAAUCUAUGUGUGUGAAGGAGUGAAUCUGGUUGGGAAAGACAAAACAGAAGUGGAAUUAAUUGUUCAAGAGAAACCAUUUACUGUUGACAUCUCCCCUGGAUCUCAGGUGGCUGCACAGGUUGGGGAUUCCGUUGUUCUGACAUGUGCUGCUGUUGGCUGUGACUCUCCCUCCUUUUCUUGGAGAACCCAGACAGACAGCCCUCUCAAUGGGGAGGUGAGGGAUGAAGGGGCUACAUCCACACUGACGCUGAGCCCUGUGAGUGUUGAGGAUGAGCACUCUUACCUGUGCACUGUGACCUGUCAGCGAAGGAAAGUGGAGAAGACAAUCCAAGUGGAGGUCUACUCAUUCCCUGAAGACCCAGAAAUUGAAAUAAGUGGACCACUUGUACACGGGAGACCUGUCACUGUCAACUGCACAGUCCCUAAUGUGUACCCCUUUGACCAUCUGGAGAUUGAACUACUGAAGGGGGAGACUACACUGUUGAAUAAAUUUUUAAGGGAGGAAAUUGGCACAAAGUCUCUAGAGACCAAAAGUUUGGAAAUGACCUUCAUCCCCACUGCUGAAGACACCGGGAAAGCUCUUGUUUGCCUCGCUAAGUUACACAGCAGUCAACUGGAGUCUGAACCCAAACAAAGGCAGAGUACACAGACGCUUUAUGUCAAUGUUGCUCCGAAGGAACCCACCAUCUGGGUUAGCCCCUCUCCUGUCCCAGAGGAGGGCAGUCCUGUGAACCUGACCUGCUCAAGUGAUGGUUUUCCAGCUCCCAAAAUCCUGUGGAGCAGACAGCUAAAGAACGGGGAACUGCAGCCUCUUUCUCAAAAUACAACACUCUCCUUCAUGGCUACAAAAAUGGAAGAUUCCGGCAUUUAUGUAUGUGAAGGGAUUAAUGAGGCUGGAAUUAGCAAAAAAUCAGUUGAACUGAUUAUCCAAGGCUCUUCGAAGGACAUACAGCUUACAGUCUUCCCAUCUAAGAGCGUCAAAGAGGGAGACACUGUCAUUAUCUCCUGUACUUGUGGAAGUGUGCCCGAAAUAUGGAUAAUUCUGAAAAAGAAAGCCAAGACAGGAGACCUGGUGCUAAAGUCUGUUAAUGGCUCGUACACCAUCCGCAAGGCACAGCUGCAGGAUGCCGGAGUAUACGAGUGUGAAUCGAAAACCGAAGUCGGCUCGCAGUUGCGAAGUUUAACACUUGAUGUGAAAGGAAAAGAAAAUAACAAGGACUAUUUUUCCCCCGAACUCCUUGCACUCUACUUUGCAUCCUCCUUGGUAAUACCCGCCAUCGGGAUGAUCAUUUACUUUGCAAGAAAAGCCAACAUGAAAGGAUCGUACAGUCUGGUGGAGGCACAGAAGUCAAAAGUGUAGCUAACGUCUGAGCUGUUGGAGAAAAGACAUUAUUUAUAAACCCCGGACCCUUCAUACUCUUUAUUGCAGCACCGUUCCCCCUCCACAAACCAAGCUAUGCAUUCAGACUUCCCAGAACCCUUCUUGGCAAAGAAGGAAAAGAAGUGGCCACUUGAUCCCUUGCUGAGUGCAAG